AUGGAUGAGCAGCACUUGAGCCACGACCAAUUCUUUGAGAAGCUCAAUGAGCUGUUUGGUGCCCGUAAAGGCAGCGAUCACGGGGCCAUAUAUCUCACGCAAAAACGACGUGAGCUCUCACAUACAGCCAUCGUACUCUAUAAAAGGCAGCUUGUUAACACUUUUACAGUCACAUAUAACAGCGGCAGUAUGUCGGUAGCGGCAGAUGGUGACUUUGAGGAUCGUCAUCCCUCGAAGCCUAUGCCUGUCAUCGUCAGGGCUACAAACGGCAAAUCCAAAAGAGCCAAGUCGAGCAAGAUCAAACUGUCCACAGUGGUCCAACCACAUGACCUAGAGUCGUUCUACCUUCGUUAUGCAGAAGUUUGCAAGGCCGGCAUGGCGGCGUUGAAACCCCGGGAUCGCAGCAAGAAUAAGGCCAAAGCCAAGGCAAAGAAGAAGAAGACAGCGGCGUAG